AUGGCGAACGCUUUUAUGUCAGGGCUGGCCCGGUUCAUACCGAUGAUCGGGUACCAUCACGUUCUCAUGAUUAUCAUUGCAGUUGCAAUCAUUCUUCUCUCUCUACUAUUGGCGGGCUGCUCGUCCUCCUCCCCGCAAAUACCAAGCAUCUUCCUGAUCUCCAUGUACUAUGAGCGCUACAAUCCAGUCUUCAACCUCGCCCAGGUAGACCCAGGGGUGGUGACGGCCACUGCGAAUAUCGUCGGAGGAGCAGAGAUGGAAGUGCGCGUGGGGUAUUUUGGUAUUUGUGUGCAGCCCGAGGGAGGCGCAUACAUUUGCAAUUCCAAUGCAACAGCAUUGGCGGAGAUUGUCACGGUCGAUCAAGACCCGUUGAACCUGAUCUGGGUUGCGUCGACCUUCAAGGACGCCGUUGUGUUCCCGUACCUGCUGAUCAUUGCGGUCAUCCUCGCCUUUUUCUGCUUUAUCAUCCUCGCUACCUUCCCGGGAUGGCAUGAGGAGAUCGACUCCAGUGGCUCGGAGCGUGAAGUGAUGCCGAUUCCUUCCCGUCCUGUCUCCCAGGCUGCCUUAGCCCUGAUCUUUGUGGCGUCAGUAUUCGUGCUGGUGUCGGUUUUAUGGCAGCAUACGGCAUCGGUCGCCGCCAGUACUGUCGCCCAAGAUCUAGGGAACGGCAGCGUAAAGAGUGGCGUCGGCACCUCUGCCAUGGUCCUCGGCUGGUUCGGGUUCGGUCUCAUGGUCGUCGUGACCAUUGGAUUGCUAGUGAUGAUCCUCAGCAUUAGGCUAUUCCAACAAUUGACCGACGGCGAAUGA